AUGGCCGCUGGCGGGGACCCGGCCGGCGCAUCCGACCCGACGCAAUCAUUCACCGAGAAGACGGAGCCUUUCUCUCAGUCGGAGUUCGAUGCGCGCAUGGAAAGCAUGAGAGUGCAACAGGAUGAAUCUUUCCGGUCUCAAGAUUCCAGCCUAGUACACCUUGACGAGCUGGUAGUACCACCGGACAAGGACAUACGGACUCUUGUGCGCCCGCUCAGAGCUCGGUCGGUAUCACCCGGAAAUUUGGACAAUUGCGAAUGGCUUGCGCUUCACGCCGAAGUCGCAUCACCCGAGGGCAUUGACAAACCCCAACACAGGGUCAUGGCCGUUACUCAAACGUCCAAGGACAUCAAAUUUUCCGUCAGGAUCCCGGGCAGUAGUCCAGGCUUGUUCGGUGGCCAACAAGGGGAUGAAGCAUCUGCGCCUACGCUAUGGUGCGAACUCUACUACGAUCCCAGCAGCGACAAUCAGAUUCUCCGCAACAAGUCCGAUAUUCCCAUUUCAUUAACACGGGUGUCGCAGCUUCCGCCUGCUAGUCCAGGCGUAGAGUACCUUGUCUUGCCCGAUGACGUCAAAGCUCUGCAUCCAGGCACUUGGAGAAUUGGGGUCGAAGAUGUUGAUGUACUGGACUUUCGGAUUCUCGAGAAGAGGCCCGCUACUCGUCGUCUCCCGUCGUUAUCGUCGUCCGGGUCAUCGCUGAGCGAGAUGAUCAACUCUUCUGGCAAGCGAUCCCUGAACGAGGACGAAGAAACACCGCUUGGGCCAGAAGCGAGGCGUAUUCGUAGCAACCCGACAUCUCCACAGACCCAGGACGGAGUCAUCGAAUUUCUCCCACCCAAGGCCGAUAAACUCGUGUUCCCGCUUCCCGCUGCUUCAGGCAGACAAGAGCUGAUUCCUUUCACCGGCCAUCCUUUACUGGACAUAGAGGAGGGUGACACAGUCGACAUUCCUGGUGGUUGCGAGUUGGAUACUUAUCGAAUAACCAAAAUGGAUCCCAUCGCAUCGACAGUACUUUCUAGCGUUUACAGGGGCGUCGUCGACGAUCAUCCGGAUGUCCCUGGGGAUUCCGUCAUCACAGUGAAAGUACUCAAGACCCGCGCGCCACCGACAUCCAACGGACAGGUACGGCCACAAGACAACGAGAAGACCCUGAUUCGACAGGCAGACAUAUGGCAGCGCGAGUUUCAAGCCCAUGUACCCCUCCAGCAUCCAAAGAUCCCCAAGCUAUACGGCGGCGACGCGCGAUUUCUUUCACUGUACAUGGAGCACGUUCCAGCGCCUGAUUUACAGCAGAAGGGAAAAUGGCGUGGAUUGAACAACGAUUUCUUUGUCGGUACCCGCGAUGAUGCCCGGCAGAUUUUGAUUGACAUUGGUCGGGCGCUCCACUAUAUGCACUCUCGAAACUCUGCCCACAAUGAUGUCAAGCCAGCAAACAUCCUGUACUCGCGAGAACGAGGAGCCGUGCUCAUUGACAUGGGGCUCUCGACACCAACACGAAGCCCCGACACCCCAGCGGGUACGCCCUACUACGUUCCACCCGAAUUUUUGGGUCAGAAGCUUCGUGGCCCUGCUGGCGAUGUCUGGGCUCUCGGCGUUACCAUGUUGUACGUUCUGAAGAAACUUCCACUGCCCGACUCCCGUGGGAGCGUAAGGCCCAAUCAGAGGCCUCUACAUUGGCAGAUUGCCGACCUCAACAGACCCCAGGGUGCACGCCAAAUCCUGCCAGCCCAAGUAGGCAGAGGUCCACCCAUGCAACAACAACACCAACAGCCACUGAAUGCGGUUGCAAAGAUGCAGUGCUGGCUCGGCGAAGUUAACGAGGCGAAGGAGAGGCUGAACACUGACGAUACUGUGGAGCUCCUGGUUUCCAAGAUGCUGGUUCCCAACCCGGCACAACGUAUCACAAUGAGAAAGCUCAUCACAGACCUAUAUGCUAAGCAACAACAACGACAGACCGAAGCUGGCUCCAAAUGA